UGUUCGUGUUGUUUUUGAUGAUAUGAAGAAAUGGUUCUAUAAUCCUGAUGCUUUAGACAAAUGUAAUCGUUUUGAUGUAGGUGACACAGUCAUAUGUAACAAGGACGCUGAGACCAUGAAAGCUUUACAACAAGGCCACAAAGGUUGGACUGACGGAAUGGCAAAGGGAACAGUCAUGGAAAUAGACAAAGACGGAGAUGUUCGUGUUGUUUUUGAUGAUAUGAAGAAAUGGUUCUAUAAUCCUGAUGCUUUAGACAAAUGUAAUCGUUUUGAUGUAGGUGACACAGUCAUAUGUAACAAGGACGCUGAGACCAUGAAAGCUUUACAACAAGGCCACAAAGGUUGGACUGACGGAAUGGCAAAG